CGUUAGCCUUUAAUUGAUAUUUUAACCCUCCAAACGCAAUUACCAAUGUGAUAUUUCAGGAACAUGAAUUCAUUAAUCUACUGCUUUAUCCUCCACAUGAGGGUCGUGGGGACACUGGUGCCAAUCCCAGCUGACAUAGGGCGAAAGGUGGGGUACAACUGGACAGGUCACCAGUACGCCACAGGGACACAGAGACAAACAACCAUCCACUCUCUCUCACACCUACAGUUAAUUUAAAGUGUUUCAUUUGUCUAAUCCCCAAAUGUACAUGUUUUUAGACUGUGAAAGGAACCCGGAGAAAAGCAACGCACACAUGGGGAGAACGUGCGGAAAGGCCCUUUCAUUACAUCUUAACACCGUUCAUGUGAAUUCUAAUACUCAAUAUGACACAUUUAAUGACAUAUUCAAAAGGAUUAAAUGAUGUGAUGUUUACACAUUUACUUAUUCCUCGUUAAUCUAGUGGUUACACAUGAAUUCACGUAGGAUUCUGAGUUUAAAAAAAGAACCAUGACAGAGUCUGUUCUCAUUCACGGUGAAAAUGUCAGUGACUGAAGAAAUCCUCUCCACCAUUGGAGACUUUGGUUUCUUUCAGAAGAUGCUCCUUUUUGGAUUUUCCUUCCAAUUUUUCUUAUUUUCAACUUUAUUCAGUCAUUUAGUUUUUUUCCAGUCCGAUCCAGACCGACACUGUAACACAGACUGGAUCCUCGCAGCUGAUUCUAACCUGACCGCUGAUGAGCAGCUGGACCUGACCCUGCCCAGGGAGGAGAAUGGAACAUUCAGCCAGUGUCGUAUGUUUGUCCCUGUGGACUGGAACAUUAGUGUUAUCAGGCAGCACAGACUCAAUGAAACCACUGGUUGCUUGAAUGGCUGGGUUUACUAUAACACACAGUAUAAGGCGACGAUAGUCACUGAUUUUGACUUUGUGUGUGACAUGUCACUGAUGCCUGGAUUUGUGCAAACAGUUUUCAUGGCUGGUUCAGCUGUCGGUGCGUUCAUCUUUGGACCAUUAGCUCAAUCGUACGGCCGCAGGAGAUCCACCCAGCUACCAGCGGUACUCAUGCUGAUAUUUGUCUUAGUCAUGGCUUUGUCUCCAAAUUAUUCCACGUACCUCGUGGCAGAGUUCAUGCUCGGUAUCUCAUUUGCAGGAUUGAGAAUGAACUCAGUGUUAUUAGCUACUGAGUGGAUCGGAGGUCGGAGGUCCUUAGCCACCUGCAUAUGUCAGCUGUCUUCAUCUGUUGGACAGAUUGCCGUUGUUGUGCUGAUUUACUUUGUACGCGACUGGAGGGUUGUUCAGUACAUCUUGACAGGAAUGCAAGCCGUCGUGUUUGUGUACAUAUGGUGGAUUCCUGAAUCUGCAAGAUGGUUGCUGGAAAAAGGAAGAUUUGAGGAAGCGAAUGAAAUUAUACGAAGAGUUGCAAAAGUCAAUAAAAGGAGUGUCCCAGAGGAUCUACUGCUCUUGGUCAGUGAGAGAAAAAAAGUUCACAAUGGAGGAAUCAAAAUGAUUUUUACCUCAAAAAUCUUGAUGAAAUAUCUUUUAAUUGUGUCCUUUGUUAGUUUUUCCCUGAAUCUAAGCAUAUUUUCCAUCAAUCUGAAUGUGGGCAAGUUUGGCGUCAGCAUCUUCCUGGUGCAUUCCCUGUUUGGGAUCUUUGAUAUUCCAGCACAUUGCCUGUGUCUCUGGUUUCUGGAGCGGGGAGGGAGAAAAACAUCUCAGGCAUUAACCGCCCUGGCAGGAGGAAUCCUGUGCAUGUCCACAGUGGUUUUCCCCCAAGACAAUGCUGCUGUUAUCACAGCAAUUGUAACCAUGGGGAGAUUCUUCCUCAGCUGGGGUAUUUCAGUAAACAUGGUCUACGCGCAGGAGCUGUUCCCCACUUCUGUCAGGCAAGCUGCCUUCGGCUUGGUCAACACGUUUCUCAGAUUAGCGGGGCCACUGUCUGCGCUGCUUAAUAUGUUGUCCAUAUUCCACCAGUUCAUACCCAUCGUUGUCUUCAGCAGCCUUUUAAUCGUCAGUGGAGCUCUCGUUAUUCUUCUCCCUGAAACCCGGGACAAAGACCUUCCCGAUUCAGAGGAUUUUCUUGAGAACAACAGGAGUGAUGCCACCAAGCAGAGUGGACGAGUUUUCAACACGGCUGAAAACAACGGCAUAGAAGCCACCUAAUUCUAGAUAGUUUACUUCCAUUUGUUGAGCGCUACAUUGUGUUCAAACGUUGAUAUCCGUGUGUUUUUACAUGUACAAUUUAAAUGAAAUGCUGAGAGAAUGUAUACUGUGGCGUCUGGCUUGCCUAUAAGAAGAUGACAAAAGGAGAUUAACUCAGUUUACCACAAAUCUUCACUGUAUCAGGACAACCUUACUUUUAUGAUAUUGUAUUAUGUGUAGUCUUUAAAGGAAACACACAAGACACAAAAUAUUAGGUGCUAUUCAUUAUUUGCAUCCCCUAAAACUAGAAUUUGUCUCCUUUUACUCAUCAGUGUUUGGAAAAAACGUCAAGUUAUAAUUUGCUAUUUGUGUUCUGGGUUAAGUUUGUCUUCCCAAGACGGUUCAGUCUAAAACACAAUGUGCCGUUGCUGAUUAAACAGCCUCCAUCUUUUAUCUCCACCUUGAGCUGGGAUUAGGCAGAUUAUGCCACUCACUUUGCAGAUAUGUUAAAAAAAAACAUUUUAGUGUCAAACUGCACAACCACAAAUCAUGAUGCAUAGUCAAUUUCAAACUUCUAUACUUUAUUACAGAUUGAUGAAUCGAUCAAUACACAAAAAAAGCUGUCAUAUCAGCAUAUUUAUUUUCUGAUGUUGUUGAAGCACUUUGUUUACAACAGAACUGUUGUGCAUAUACAUGCUGCCUCAUGUUUAGGUUAUUAUUAUUAUCAUUAAAAACCCAGAGGUAAUUCUUUAGUCUGGUGAAUCUCACAGGUUUCCUCUCUAAUAUUAAAGUAUGUGUGUUUUAUUUCAGUUUAACAAUGACAAGUCUGAAUGUUUGCUCCUGGAAAUACAUAAACUCUGUCACUUUCUGUACUUCUUUAAUCAGGUAUUUUGUCACAUUUCACAUUUCUACUUGAUUAUUGCG